GCCGCUCAUCGAUUGCAUUCCGCAGUUGGACGACGGCAGCACACUCUGCUUCUCACUGACGCCGCCGGCCACGCCUCUCCCCCUCCGAGCGCCGCCCUGCUCGCCGCCGCCGCCGCCGCCGCCUACGAGCUGCGGCUCCUGCCCCCACUGCGCGCUGCAGAGCUCGCGCGGACGGGUUCGGCGCGAUGGGGGACGACGGGGCGGAAGGGGAGGCGCCGCGCUGCGUCGGCUGCGGCCGGCGCGUGAGGACGCUCUUCGUGCAGUACUCCCCGGGCAACAUCCGUUUGAUGAAAUGCGAUGUCUGCAAGGCUGUCGCCGAUCCCUACAUCGAGUGUGAAUUCAUGGUAUGGUAUGAUUAUCUUGAUCGAUCUGAUUCUACACAAGACCAGGGCUUACCGGCAUCUACUGUUCAAUAAGCUGCACAUUGGUUCAUCUCUUGACAAGGUUGGAACCAUAAGAUACCAUGCAACCUCACGCAAAUGCUGUUCCACCUUUUCAAACUCCCUAACGCCGACUCAGCUUGGAAUACUGUGCCAGUUCAUUCUGAUGCAUAUCGUUCUUGAUGCUUUCAGAAUAUCAGUUUCAAAAAACAACAAAGCUGAUGGGGAUUCGUCCAGGAGCACAUUGUCCACAAUUUGCAAUUGCAGCGAGGUUCUGGGUGAUGCAUUGUUAGGGAACAUCAUAUUUACGGCCAUGUUACUCCUGGGAGUACGAUAUAUCCUCAAAUUUUCUUUUGACAUUACAAGGUAUCGACAGAUUCUGUUAGCCAUCAUCAUUUCAAGCUAUUUCAAGUUAUUUCUUCUGACAAUGAUGGUUUGGGAGUUUCCAUCAUCUGCUAUAUUCAUUGUCGAAGCAUUUGUUCUCUCAUCAAAUGUUGUAGCCCUGAGAGUGGUGACGCGGUUCCCAAAAGCCCACUGCGUUGGUGUCUGCUUCAUGGCGCACGCGGCAAAGCACUUGACGGAACGGUGGCUCAUGUGGACACCAUGAACAUGAAUUCAUCAAGACUUGCCGCCAUCUUACUCCAAGUGUUCGUGCAGAGUCGAUCUGGACCACGCCGGAACUGGAGAGCGGGGAGCUGUCCUGCUGGCCUCUGUACUGAGACGCCACAGGUUGAGCGAUCGUCUCCGGUGAGCGUACGCCUGAGAGAGUGAAGAGGCAGGCGGUCUGGGGAGAUGGGCUGUCCCUUUCGCCUACUUAUGGCCCAAGUAGGAGUAGGUAUUUGCCCUGUCCGUUCACGCCCGGAAGUGCGUCAGCCGACAGGGCCUCUCUACCUUGCGACCACACGUGCAAAACGCACAACUCCAGUGUCUGUAUGUUUGCAUGUCUCCGUUCUUUUUCAGUCUGGUUUUAUUUACACCCGUUGUGGAAAAGAAAAAAAGAGCUUCCGGGUCGACGCGACGCACUUCCGCAGA